AUGGUCGCUACUACCACCAAGAAGGCCGCUGCUCCCCGCAAGGUCGCCACUCACCCCACUUUCCUCGCCAUGAUCCAGGAGGCUAUCAAGGCUCACCCCGAGGAGUCGCGUGCUGGUGUCUCGCGCCCCACUAUCAAGAAGUUCCUCGCCGCCACCUACAAGAUUGACAUUUCGUCGGCCUCGAACGUCCACAACCUUAACAACGCCAUCAAGCGCGGCUCGGAGACCGGCGCCCUCGUCCUUCCCAAGGGCAACAGCGGCCGCAUCAAGCUUGCCCCCAAGAAGCCCGCUGCCGGCAAGGAGAACGCUCCCCCCAAGAAGGCUGCUGCUGCUAAGCCCAAGAAGGCCGCCGCCCCCAAGCCCGCUGCGAAGAAGGCUGCUGCUAAGCCUGCUGCCGCCAAGCCCGCUGCUGCUAAGAAGGCUGCCACCACCGCCAAGAAGCCCGCUGCGAAGAAGGCCGCUGCCGCCUCGACCACCAAGAAGCCCGCUGCCGCCAAGCCCAAGGCUGCUGCCGCCCCCAAGAAGGCCCCCGCUAAGAAGGCUGCUGCCCCCAAGGCCAAGUAA